UCUGCCGUAGCUACUAGCACCAUGCCAUCGACAAAAAAAAAUGGCUCGACGAGCGCUAGCUCAGAGCGAGGUUGAACGGAAAAAAAGCUCUGAUCGUUCUCGUGCUCCCAUUGGUUGGUUUGGCCAAUAGGCGGUGUUUAGGGGGCCAUUACUCUCCCUGAUUGGCUGUUCUCAACAUCGGUCAUCAUUUGCUUAUCUCAAACCACAAUGUAAAAAGAACAAUCGUUCUCGGGUAUAUGUCGCGUUUUUGUUGGCCGUAAUUGUAAUAUUGUUGUCAACAAUGUAAGAUAAACCGCGUUUGACCACAUUUACUCAAUUAUUGGCGUUUGAAUCGUUCUGUAUUCGUUGCGCAGUAAAGCGACACCCACGGAAGUGACCAAGAUGGGAGCAACUGACGACGUAUUUUGGCAUGACGCAAUGUCCUAGCGCCUGGCAACACUCCCCGAAUGAUUCAUUCUGAAGUUGAGAGAUGGCUUAGCGUUACCUAGCUUUACAAUUGACUGUUGAGAUAAACAUGACUCUAACUCAGAUACACGUUAAACUAUCUAUUUCACGAUAACAGUACUCUUUUGUACACCAUACAACCAUCCGACCAUGAAGUUGCUCCACAAAGACAUUGAAAAAGAUAAUGCCGGCCAGGUGACUCUGAUGCCAGAGGAGGCAGAGGAUAUGUGGCACACCUACAACCUGCUGCAGGUGGGGGACAGCCUGAGAGCCUCCACCAUCAGGAAGGUGCAGACAGAGUCACCUACUGGAAGUGUGGGCAGCUCCAGAGUUCGCACUACUCUGACCUUAAGUGUGGAGACUAUCGACUUUGACUCUCAGGCCUGCCAGUUGAGAGUAAAGGGCACUAACCUAGAGGAGAACCAGUAUGUCAAGAUGGGGGCUUACCACACUAUCGAGCUCGAGCUCAACAGGAAGUUCACUCUGGCUAAAAAGAGCUGGGACAGCGUUGUGCUGGAUAGAAUCGAGCAGGCAUGUGAUGCAACCCAGAAGGCAGAUGUGGCGGCUGUGGUAAUGCAGGAGGGUCUGGCCAACCUGGUGCUCGUGACCCCCGCCAUGACUCUGGUCCGUGCAAAGGUGGAGGUCACCAUUCCUCGCAAGAGAAGGGGAAGCUGCACUCAGCACGAGAAGGCGCUGGAGAGGUUCUAUGAGGCUGUGAUGCAGGCAAUUCUUCGCCACAUCAAUUUCGAUGUUGUAAAGUGCAUCCUGGUCGCCAGUCCAGGGUUUGUGAAGGACCAGUUCAUCACCUACCUUUAUAAAGAGGCGGUGCGUCAGGACAACAAAAUCCUGCUGGAGAAUCGACCCAAAUUCAUGCUGGUCCACUCGUCAUCGGGUCACAAGUACUCACUCAAAGAAAUCCUGACUGACCCCACUGUGACAAGUAGGCUUUCUGAUACCAAGGCAGCUGGAGAGGUGAAAGCCCUGGACGAUUUUUACAAGAUGCUCCAGCAUGAGCCGGACCGAGCCUUCUAUGGAAUCGCUCAUGUGGAGAAAGCUGCUGAUGCCCUCGCUAUUGACACCUUGUUGAUAAGCGAUAACCUGUUCAGACAUCAGGAUGUCCCCACGAGGAGUCGCUACGUUCGGUUGGUGGACAGCGUGAGAGACAAUGGCGGCAAUGUCAGAAUAUUCUCCAGCCUUCACGUGUCUGGUGAACAACUGACUCAGCUGAGUGGGGUGGCUGCCCUCUUGCGGUUUCCCAUUGCCGACCUAUCGGAGACCGAGGACGACAGCAGCUCAGACGAAGCAUGAUCCACAGAAACGGAAGAUCGUCGCAGAUAACACAAGAAUGCAUUGACUCAGAGUGUUGUAAAACAAUAAAACUCGUGUGGUGUACUCUAUGUAUGCCACCACUGCGACAUUCACACCUCUAUCACGUCUAAUCUACACACCUCCUGUUUUCUUGAAGAGGUCGUAAUUUAAAAUAAUUGAAUGCCAUUUUUAGUGCUUUUGGUUUGAAGGUGACAGUGUGUUUGAAAGCAGAAGGGAAUGCCAAUGAAAAGGAUUGAACAGUUGUUGCCAAGUCCAAAUGAAAGCAGUUAGCAAUAGAACAAAAAUAUGAUUUUUCUUUCCACGUGUAUAUACAAUAUAUCCCUCUUGCAAAUAAACAACAGAAUCAUUCAUCCAUGUGUGUUAUUGUAC